UAUACAUAACUGUCAGUAAAGAUGGUGUGUUAAUAUAUAUAACGUACAUGUAGUAAACCAUUUGGUCUAUUGCCUCAAGUAGAUCUGAAUUAAGUGUCUAUAAAGUGGACAAGGAGUUUGUAAAUAUCGAUUUGUGUAUUGACAAUAAAAUGUACAUGUAUGUAUGUAAAUAUUUGAAAGUUACCAUCAUAAUAGUACGGACUUAUAUACUAAAGCUAUAAACGGAUAAUUCAUUACAAGGAAGUCAAGUUUGACGGUAUAACAAUGAAAGCCUUUAAUUUAUACAAUUUAUUCUAUUUCAUGAUAGUGUCACACAUAUGCGUGUUGAAUACCGUUACUUGUAAAACGAAUAGUUUAAGAAUAGGUGCAUUCAAUGUUCAAAUCUUCGGAGCCAGUAAAAUGAAGGAAGUAAAUGUUGUCGAGGUGCUGGUAGAUAUCAUUGUAAAGUAUGAUAUAAUCCUUAUUCAAGAAAUACGUGACGCAUCAGGCGACGCAAUCCUAAAGCUUCUGGACAAAGUGAAUGAAAACAGCGGAGGAAAUCCGUUUACGAUGAAAAUUAGUCCCCGGCUAGGGCGUAGUAAUAGUAAAGAACAAUACGCCUUUCUAUACAGGGAGAACUCAGGCUUACAGGUGGACAGAGAAUACGUGUAUGAUGACGGAGAUGAAAACCUGAACUCAGAUGGCGUAACGGUGGAUACAUUUGAAAGAGAGCCAUACAUCGUCUCAUUUACGUCUACCUCGACAAAGUUAAAACGAUUUGUUUUGGCCGGGUUACACAUCUCGCCGUCAGAGGCAGUCAAAGAAUUGCAAGCUCUAAAGAAAGUGUUUGAUGACAUUAAAACAAAUCUAAACAUUGAAGAUAUAAUGAUAAUGGGAGACUUCAAUGCAGACUGCAGUUAUGUCCCUAAUUAUAAAUGGGAAACAAUUCUCAUUAAAUCUAAUCCUUCUUACACAUGGUGGAUUGGCGACGAGUCUGAUACAACCGUCGCUAAUACUAAUUGUGCUUAUGACAGAUUCAUAUCUGUAGGUUCUGGAUUUGAAACAGGCGUGGUCAAUGGCAGUGCAAAGGUUUUUAAGUUCGAUACGGAAUUUCAGUUGAAUCAAUCGUUUUCUCUUGACGUAAGCGAUCAUUAUCCAAUAGAAUUUGAGCUUCAAUCGGACUCGGAUACAAGCAGUGCCACAAGCGACAGUUUACAUUAUCAUCUACUUAUGAUAAUGUUAUUUUAUAUCAUUAAUCUUAACUUUUGUUAAUGAACUUUGAAACUAUCUAUUUCUGUAUGUAUUUCUAUAUUUUUAUAAAUUGUGAUAUUACAUAAAUAAAGGGCUUUCACAAAAACAUCGGGAUCUUCUAUAAUCGCAUCUGUACUGUCAAAAUCUUCAAGGAUUGUCAAGAAAAGAAACAUUUCAAAAAGCAAAGUUUAUUUACUUUAAAAGCAACCGUAGCAGACAAUCAUUUCUGUUAGGUCGUCCUUAGAUUUUUACUUAUUUUGAACAAAGUUAUUUACUAUAUUCCAAACGAUAGCAGCGUCACUUAACACAUUAACUAUACCUGAACAUUCUGAAAAAAAUGUAGUUGCAGAAAUGAUAAGCAAACAUUUCUCUUGAGAGACGUUUUAAUUUGAGUUUAACGUAUUCUUUAAUUUCUUAAGCUAGCGUGAUAACAAGGGUUCAUAUGAGGGUUGUUGAAUAAACAAAAAUACUAUAUUUAAACUUUGGAAAUCACUGCCAGAUAGCUAUGAAUGAAAUUAAAAUAAAUAAUAGGACGACACGAGGUCUAUUAUUAUCUAUGCUAAUACUGUAGAUAUUUAGCCGGAAAUUUAUAAUUGUAAAUCAUCAUAAUUUGUGAUAAUGUACUAUAUAUUCCCCUGUCAAAAUGAGUAAUGAGGUAAUUCCAUCAUUCGAGCGAUACAGAAAUUGAAAACGAAAAGGAUUCAUCACAAUUAAACCUGCAAAGCCGAUAAAAUUGUAACUUGAAGUUACUUGUUUGUUUAUUAAGGUUAUAAAUUGACGAGAAAUGCAUAAAUCAAACAAAUUGCAUAUUUCUAUGUUAUAUCUCAGUCAACCUUUUUGAAAAAAUAAAACUUCAAAUUUUACAAAACAAAAUUGCCCUCAUAUUACAACUCACGAUUGUAUGAGCUUUAAACGUCUUCCAUAGCUAUCAGCACGAUUUGCACAUAUUUUAUUUGAGUGUAAGUAGAUAUUAAAUACAGACAAUAAAGUCAGACUCUUAUAGAAAACUAAUCAACAUAUUCAAAUUUUAAAUAUUUUAUGUGUAUAAAUUAAUCAAAGAUGAAUUUUCCUAAAUAUACAUUUUUUUACUUUUCAAGUCAGACCUUACAUUAUUACAUCAUUACAUCAUUACUUCAAUCAUUAAGUUUACAUAAAAUUUCAAAAAUCCAAAAUAUUUUUUUUCUUCUUUUUAAAUUUCGUAUCAAAAUAUAAUAAAUUAUUAUUUUGAAUCGAAAUAAAAAGAAGGGAAAUAAUAAUCACAAUCUGAGUGACAUUAGAUAUAACAUAAACAACUAUAAAAUAUUAACAAAGACGUGGAAACAACCUGCUACACUAAUUUUAAUACUUAAAUAAAAAAAGUGAUACCCAAGUGUCAUAUCAUCACUUUACUAGCAUUUGUAAUGCUAGGAUUAUAUGUUUUUAAAAUGUAUAAAUAUGAUGAUGAAAGUAUAAUUUCAAUUCAAAUAUGUUAAUAAAAUAAUACAGAUGAAAGAUAUAACCACAUAUUCAAUUUUGUUA